AUGCUUGGAAAUUUAACCGGUCGAACCUUUCAACGCGCACUUAUAGUUAAUAGACGAAAAACUGCUUGUUCAAUUAAAUUUUGUAAACGUGUAACUACAUUUAGAUCUAUUCACAACAGUGUUCCAAGAACUUUUUCAAACUCACCAAAUGAUUCAACAAAUAAUAAUAGUUCACCGCUAAAACCCGUCACGGAUAACAACAAUAAUAAUAAAAGUAAUUUAUCUUCUUCGAAUUCGUCAAAGGAAACACCUACUUCAACUUCCAAUCACGAGGAAACUGAAAGUAGGCAAACAGAAGAAAGUACAUCGCAACCUCCAGAAAAUAAAACGGCAGAAAAUGUUGGAGAGUAUUUACUUAGAUCUCCAAGAAAAUUACGUACUUCACUUCCUAAACUACGUUCACGAUUGCGAAAACCUAUAAGCCCAUAUAAACCAGUAAUACCUCCUUUAUUUUUGAAGGAAAAUUACUUAUCAUUUAAAGAUAAUACCAAUACCUUUGAGUUGAUAUCAUAUCCUUUGGAUGAUGGUAUACGUGAUGAAAUUUUGUUCAGCGCACGCGCCAAUCUUUUACCUAUUCCAAAGGGAGAUACUGUACCUGCUAGAAGAGGUCAUUUAUUAUUAAAUUGUCCUAUUGAAGGUGCAUCAUUUUACCUAGACUCCAUCGUCAAAAGUGUCGCAGCAUCGUUACAUGCUGAUUUAUUAACAUUUGAUCGACAAGAUUUAAUGGAAUUGACGGCAAAUAUGUUUUCUCGGAAGGGUAAUGUAACACCGUGGCCAUUAUUUCCCGAGUUGAAGGGCUUUAAUCCAUACAUUGCAGCAUCUCCAUAUUCAACGACUUCUUCAUUCUCUUCUGAUGAUGAACUGGAAGAUGAUGUAUUUAUAGAUGAAGAAGAAGGUUUCGAAUCGUCACCUUCAAUAUCCCGUAAUUCUAAUUAUGAAAAUAAACCUUUAGUUGAUAAUUUUCAAUAUAAUUCAUCUCAAGCCAAUGGAUCUUUACGAGCAGAAAUGAAAGUCAUCCUAGAUAAAGUCGAACGGUUUUUUGAAGCUUUAGUUACGGCUUCACCUUCCUCAUCAUCUAACUCAUCUUCAUCAUCUCCAAAAAUAAUAUAUUUUCGUGACAUUGGGGAUCUAGUUCCAUCAACGUUUGGUACCGCGUUAAUUAAUGGUCUUGUAGAAGCUGUACAGAAUCAAAGAUAUCUAGGAGAUCGAAUUAUGAUAAUUGCGGGUUAUUCUCCAUCAUUGUUCGCCAUGGAUAAAAAGUCUGUGGCAAAUACCAACGUGCCAUCCCAUGAAAUUCAAUGGGUUAGCAUCGACAUAUUUCCCAAUUCAGCCUUGUUAGCUGCAUUUACUCACAUAGCCAUUCCACCACCAUCUUCAAUUGAACGUGCUCAAAUGUUACAAAAAAUGAUAGCAAAAGACAAGAACGUUGCAAUAAGGCAUAUUAAUGUACGCACGUUGAAAGCUAUGUGUGGCAGUAAAGGUGCAUAUUUUAAAAAUAAUAGCAUUAAAGAAUUGUCAAACCUACUCACUCCUUUGGAAGGUAUAGAUAAUGAUGUUUGGGGAUUUGAACGUAUUCAUCGUUUGGUAAUGAAUUCUAUCGGUAUUGCUCUUUCUAGUCAAAAUAUUUCAAUAUCACACGAUCCAGUUUAUUUAGAUGUUGAACAUCUUAUUCAAGCUUCAAAUACUUUAAAGGCUAAUCAAAAGUUACGAAAAGAUUUCGUUGAAUCCGCCACAACAAAUAACGAUGCCAUAAGUAAAGGUCCCGAAAAAUUGGUUAGCAUCGUCGGUAUUGGUGAUGGUAAGAUUAAUUUAACAAACAGAAAAAAUUUAAGAAAAGAGGAUUUAGAUAAAUAUGAAAAAAAACUUUUAAACUGUGUCGUGGAUUCAGAAAACAUAACUGUUGGAUUCUCUGAUAUUCAUGUGGCUCAAUCGACCGUUCAAACCCUUCAGACAUUGAUUACUUUGCCUUUGAUGCGCCCACAAUCAUUUUCUUAUGGUGUUUUGAGUAAACAUUUUAUUUCUGGUGUGUUAUUAUUUGGUCCACCAGGUACAGGAAAAACAAUGCUUGCAAAAGCUGUUGCCAAAGAAAGUGGUAGUACAGUUAUAGAUAUAAAAUCUAGUGAUGUGUAUGACAUGUAUGUUGGUGAAGGUGAGAAGAAUGUCCGGGCAAUUUUCUCUCUUGCUCGUAAAUUAUCACCAUGUGUCAUUUUUUUGGAUGAAUUAGACGCUAUAUUUGGUUCUAGACGUUCAGAUAUUCAUAAUGGAGCACAUCGGGAAAUAAUCAAUCAGUUCAUGGCAGAGUGGGAUGGGUUAACAUCGCGUAAUGAAGGGGUAUUGAUCAUGGGCGCGACAAAUAGACCAUUUGAUCUAGAUGAUGCCAUUUUAAGAAGAAUGCCAAGGAGGAUAUUGGUCGAUUUGCCAACUGAAAAAGAUCGUGAACAGAUACUCAACUUGCAUCUACGAGAUGAAAAGAUUGAUUCUUCUGUAUCAUUGGAAUACUUUGCUAAGAUCACAAAACUCUAUUCCGGAUCAGAUCUGAAAAAUUUAUGUAUAAGCGCGGCGCUCGCCUCGGUUCGUGAAGAUGCUGAGAUUGAAAAGACCAAAGCCAAUAGUGAAAGUGACAAAAAUCAUAGUAAUGAUGUUUCAAAUGAUAAUUCAGAACAAUUACCUCAGGUUAGAAUUUUAAAACAACAUCAUUUUCAAACAGCGCUUAAACAAGUAACACCGUCGUGUUCCGAAGAUAUGUCAAGUUUGACGGAAUUAAGAAAAUGGGAUGGAAUGUAUGGUGAUGGUGCUUGGAAUAGGAAGAAACGAGUAAAAGGAAUAGGAUUUGAUGGCGAUGCUGUGCUUCCGUCGUAUAAGAGUCAGGAAUUAUAA